AUGAAUUUAAUUCAUGUUGAAUCAAUUAAUGAAAGUGCUGAUAUUCCACUUGAAUUUAGCAAUAAUUUGGAUGAAACUGGACAAAGUCGAGAACAAGAAAAAAGCCCCUACCUUCCUUAUGAUCCAGACAAAUUUUCUCUAGCUCACUUUUAUCGUCCACAAAAUGAUGUUGUUGCCUCUUGGAUUGUGCAAGCAGGGAUGGAAGGAAUUGAUAGAUAUGAAAUUUCUUCUCGUUUGGGAAUUGAUGCUGACACAAAACCUGGGAAUAGACUUGUCUCUACUUCAAUACAUAGCACUGUGAGAAAUCGAGAAAAAUAUUUUGGGGAAUUUCAAAAGACGGAAGGACGUUUUAGAGUCAAAAAAUAUUUUUUUAAAUGUGCCCAAAAUGAGGCGGGAGGGGAAUUAUAUGUUAAAUAUAGUCAACGUUUCAAGGAAUUAACUGGUGUGGAUUGCCCUUUUCGGUUUGGCGAUUUACUGAAAUUUCCUGGAUACAAUUUAAACACACUUCGCAUUACUGACAUUACUUUAAAAAGAUUAAUUCAAAUUCUUGAAUAUUUAAAAGAAGUAAAAGCUGUGUUAACUAAUAUACGUCUACAAACAUAUAUUACUUUUCUUGAACAAAAUGAAGGAUAUCAAUUUUCGAUUGACAGAAAAUCUAUUAAAAAAUUACUUUUGGCUUUGUUACAAAAAAAGUUUAUAAAUAUUCUGAAAUUGGAAGUUCUUGAAAAUGGAAUUGCUCAAACGGUUUAUUUUUUAACUUUAUUGCCAUUAGGUUUAAGGUUGCCGUUUUCGAGUAGGGCCGACGGUCGAAUUGAUGUCAUCACAGUUCCAGAAAUUACUUCAAUUGGUGAUGCCCAUGUUUCUGAAGUUUUAGAAAAAACAAUGGCUGAAUUCAAAGAGCAAAAUAAAAGUUUUCCUUCUGGGCAUCAAUUAAAAAGAGAACGUCCAGUUGUUGAACCAAAAGUUGUGGUACAGGUCGAGGAAGAUAGUCCACUUAAAAAGGAGCAGAGUCAUGAUGUUGUCAUGCUUGAAGAACAAGAGCAAACAUCCUCAACUCCCCCUAUUAGUGGUUCUUUACUACACAAAACAUUUUCAACUGUUGAACGUCUUCAAGCAUACCAUAAAUAUGGGAAGAAAGGUGCCAAUCCAUAUUCAAUACUCUCUUCGAAAACAAUAAAUAAUUUGGUUGAAUCUGCCAAACAAAGAAGAAUAAGCAAAAUAGUCCACAAAAGAAACCCAAAGAAAACUGUCAAAAUAGAAAUACCAAAGGAUGCAGAAGAAACUGGAAGUACUUCAGUUGAUGAUAGUAGUUCUCCAACAAAAAGUAUUCAAAGCAAAACUGAACCUACAAAAAGACAUUAUUCACAAAAUGCUCGGUUAAUGGAUAAUGUUGACAGAAUUAGUCUUCAACACAAAUCUUAUUUGCGAAGUAGAUUUUCACAGAGAGAACGGGAUAUGUUACUUCUCAUUCGUGCCUCCAGUUUUUUCUUAAAUCCAGUUUCAAAAUUUUGGCCACAUCCAAAAGUUAUGCGCAAUCUCAUGCAUGAAUUUGUUCCAGAAUCUCGUACAAAAACAACUUAUUCUCUUAUGGCUGCCGGUGUUAGAGAAUUAAAAGACAGACAAGAUCAGCACCAAUAUAUUGUUAAAACAUUGGCUAGUUUUAAAGAUUUGCUGAAUUUGAGGAAUCGUUUGGUCGUAAUGAAUUUGUCUAAAGAACCUAUCAAAGAGGGAGAUGAUUUAAAACCCAAAGAUUUAUUUUUUAUUGAUGCUUUUCGGACUGCUUAUAAAUUGUUAUUUAGGGAAUCAGAUGAUUGUCCAUCUAUUUAUGCUAGUGAUCAAGAAUUUCGAAAUCAUCUGAAUAAAAACAAACUUCACUUCAUUCAAGUAGCAUCAGACGAUAAAACAGCUUAUGCCCCAACUCGUUCUCACCCACCUAAAAGUGUUGAAGAGAUUCGAGAGCGUGUAGCAUUUAAUGCUGUUAUGUCGGCUCUGUUAAGUGAAAAUGGAACUGAAAAAACUUUUGAAGGGCAAAAAACACAAAUAGAACCUUCAACAAGUGAUACUGGAGGAAAUUAUUUAUCUAGUGGAGGAGUGGAAUUUACAAAUUUUCUUCUUCAACAAAUUGAACCUUCGAUAUUAUCUAAUACAAUAGAGAAUAUUCGCAGUGAUGGUUUAAUCACAAAAAAUCGUAUAUUUGGUUCUAAAACAACAGGAACAGACGAUAAACAAUCGAAAGAUUUGGGAGAAAGUGGAGUUGAGCAAUCACCUCAAAAAUCUGUCGACACUCAAGAGACUUCUUACAGUGCAAGAAAAUCUGUUCGACUCACGCAAUUUUAUCAUCAUUAUUUUGAAUCAACUUUACAUACAAAUUUAAAGAAAAAUAUUUUGGAUACAACAACAAAAUUUAUUGAAAACAAACCAAACAAGAAAAAUGAUUUUGGAGAAUUUGAAAAUCCUGGGGAAUUUAUUAUUUUGGCGAAUUUAGCUUGUGAUUCUAGACCGUUAAAUAUUGAUAUGACUAUUCCAGAAUCAUUUGAUGCAUUAUUUAAAUUAAAUAAAAGUAGUGAUGGACCUUCAACUUCUAAUACGGUGAAAGAAGAAGAAACACAUUUCAAAAUAAACGCCACAAAACAAUUACGUUAUCUAGAAGACAGUGAAUUAUGCAUUGAACGACUUAAAAUUCGUCCAACAACAUUAAAUGAAUCUAUUUUCUCUACAAUACGUGGAAUGCCACAAUUUGAAGAUUUGUUACCUUUUGAAAAAUUUAUUCCAGCAGAAAAGAUGGAUUUAAUAGAGAAUUCGGAAAAUAAUGCACCAAUUAAUCCCCAAAAUUUGGAUGAAUUUAAUAUAAAUUUAAAUCUUUUAAUAAAAGAAACUUUAAUUUUUCCUUGCGGUGUUGAAAAAAGAUUUUUUGUGAGCACAAGGAAUGGACGUGCAUGGCUUUUAAAAACUAAGGAAGGAACUGGAUUUGUUGCUAAACCUUGGUUGCUGCCUUCAGGCGAGAUAAAUUGGAAGGUGUUAAGACGAGUUUUGGAAGGUAUAUUUUGGCAUAUUUAUGCAAACCCUGGAAUUUUAAUUGAUGAUUUAACUUCUCGUUUUGUUUAUGUAUUACAACCUGUUUUGUUACAUGGACUUGUUGAAAUGUUGGAAAAACUUGGAUGUUGUAAAAUUAUUACAAAAACUUUACAUUCACAAAGAAAAUCUUCCCCAUUUUCAAGCGCAAAAACUCCACAAAAAAUUCAAUUUGUCCAGCCUAGCCCUAAUGGAAUGGAAAGACUUAUUUUAUUUAAAAAUGGAAUUUCUAGUGAAUAA